AAAGAUGUCGACUAACAGGGGACUGGGCAGUGCAGAGUAUUUGAAAAAGAGAAUUCCCCAGAAUCCCAAGUAUCAGCAUGUAAAGUCAAGGCUGGACACAGGUUGCAGCAGGACAAAGUACUUGGAACGACUGGAGGAAAUAAAGAGGAAUUAUAGAUAUAAGAAAGGUGAACUCUUCCGAAGGCUUAAAGUAUCAACAUUUGCCCAGUUGGUAAUCCAGGUUGCUUCAGUUUCAGAUCUUAACGGUAGCUUGAGUAAUGGAGAAACACAGACUAUAAAUGACGAUGCUGCAUUGUCACCUGAGCUGGCCAGUGACACUGUGAAAGAGGGAAGUGAUGGCUCCUCCCAAAUGCCAGUGCAGCUCGUCAGUAACAACAAUUCUGGGGCCAUCAACUCUACUCCAAGGUCCACCCUUCAAAGUGUUAUUAGCGGUGUUGGGGAGCUGGACCUGGAUAAGAACGAAGAGAACAGCACAAGUGUGACGCCAUUGCCCAGUCCCAGGAGCGGUGACCAACCAUACUCGGACUGUCCCUAUCUGCUACUGGAUGUGCGAGACAGGGACAAAUAUGACCAGUGCCAUAUUAUCAGUGCAUACAGUUACCCGAUUGCAACUCUUUCUCGAACAAUGAACCCAUACACCAAGGAAGUGUUGGACUAUAAAAAUGCUCCAGGCAAGAUUAUUAUUGUGUAUGAUGAAGAUGAGAGAAUCGCCAGCCAGGCAGCGACAACUAUGUGUGAAAGAGGAUUUGAGAACCUGUUCAUGCUAUCAGGAGGAUUGAAGGUUGUUGCUCAAAAGUUUCCGGAAGGCAUGACAACAGGCUCCAUCCCAGCACAAUGCCUUCCUUCACCACCAGGCAGUGGGGGGCGCAAGCGCCCCACUGUUCCUCGGGUGUCCCACCCUGCAGAAAAAAAGUGGCGCUUCACUUCUGAGGACUUGGGCAAGAUCCAGUUCCACCUAGAGGAGAUGGUCAUGUCCACAACUUCCAGUAGCCAGGGAAGCAGAACUCAGUCCAUUGCAUCAAGUGCAAGGAGCUGGCAGACCCCGUCAGUGGCAGGGUCAGACAGUACCAUGUCACAGAGCAGCAGACCAUGGAAAUAGCUAUUCCACAAGGCCCUCCUAUCCUAGCGUCUCAGUUGUUCUGUGCAGGUUUAGCUGAUGGGAUACAUUCUCACCAUCAUGUUUUACAGUAGCAGUUCUGAUUUGUGCUUUGUAGUGAUUUAACUUUUUUUUUUUUCUUUUU